CUCGAACGGGCUGAGUGACUCGAAGGAGCAUAACGAGUCCAUGGCAACGAGUAUCGUGCUACCUUCUGACCUGCACAUGAGGCGGUGGCACGAAACCCAACAACAACAACUCUCCCAACAACCCUGUCCCACCUCGUCGUCAUUCUCGUCCAGCAGUCCCCCGUCCAAUCUGACGUCGAGCGCACAACCGCCACCACCAUCUAUGGCCACGGGCGAUGCACCGUCGCACAGGCCUCGUCUUCCGUCAUUUGGGGACUUCCUCUCCGGGGCCUCGCACAACAAUCUCGGGCCCUUCCAGCCUGCCCAGCCCUCGCCUUAUCAUGCUCCGAGCAGCUCGAUCCGCGGAGACGGGCCCCCUCCCGCCAACGGCACGGGGGUCCAACACCACGUUGCUCAACACAAUGCCUACGGCCCCAUGUCGGAGAGGACUUCGAUGCAGACGCCCGGCCUCCCUGGUCCUUACCACCAGCUUCCUCAGGUAAACAGACCCGAUGCAAAUCCAGCACAAUACUGGGGCUAUCCCCAGUCGUCCUCUCUCGCGCAUGACAAUCGUGGUGCACCCUUCCCGUCACCCGGCAUCGGAUCGCCUGGCCCCUCGAUCGACCAUGGCUACGGCCGAACGGUGAUGAGAGAGGAGGUGCUACCCGGCAAAGGGCCGUGUUACAUCUACGACGACGGCACGUUUUGUCAAAAGAUGAUCAACGGCGACACGGUCAAUCCGAAAUGGGGCACCACCAAGGCGGGCAAGCCUCGAAAACGGCUGGGCCAGGCCUGCAACACAUGCAGGGAGAAGAAGAUAAAGUGCGACCCCGGCGUGCCCAAGUGCGCCCAGUGCCAGAAGUUUGGCCGUGAUUGCAGAUUCGACACGACACCACGCACGUCCUCUUCGAGACAAGCCGGGACCGGUUCGAAUUCCUCGACAUAUUCACCUUCUCGUUCGUCGCCGCCUGAAGUGCAGCAAGACGCGCAAUCGUUUCGGAGGGAAUCGAACGCAUCCACAGACUGGGCUGGCGUCGGCCUGAAGAAUGUGCGCAGGUCCUCAAUGGCACUCGAGAGCCUCUUAUCCCCUGCCACCGAAGACGGAGUGGCCGCAGACGACGAUUCCUCGGAGAUCCUUCCCCCGGCAAAACGCGCCCGCAUCUCGAUGUCUCCUCGACCCGGCUCAGAACCCGAGAGCCUGAGCAUGGGGACACUGAUGAGCACAAUCGUUUCCCCGACCACCGUGUCCAGAUUUUCCAGCGCCACGGACCCGACUGAAAUCGACCGUAGCCUGACCUUGCACUACGUGGCCAAGUACUUUGCCUACGUUGAAAGUGCCACGUACGGCACCCUCCCCACCAAGGACUUUACGCGAUGGGUCAAGGAGUGCCCCAGCAAGUCCGGCGCGGACCGCAUGUUGCUCUAUGCCAUGAUGGCCAUGGGGUCCGUAUUUGUGCGGCGUCCCGAGGCCGAAUCCCAUCGCGUCAUCUUCGCAAAGAUCGCCGAGGAAGCAUCGCGCAACAACGCCGACGAGCUCACGCUGCAGCUGCUGCAGACUCGGCUCAUCCUGGCCCUGUUGGCCUUUUCCCAGGGCCAGUACAACAAGGCGUGGGACCUGUGCGGUUCGGCCCUGCGGACCGCUUUUGGCCUCAAGUACAACACAGAGGUCGGGGUGCGUGCCGUCGCGGAGACGGGCGCGACCGAGUUUGGACUCGACUACGACACGCUGGUGGAAUGCAGGAGACGGACCUUCUGGUCCGCGUACGUCAUGGAUUGUUUCGACGGGUGUUGUUCAGCCACGAUCGCUCACCUGUUCCGAUCCCAAUGCCACAUACGGCUGCCGUGUGGGAGAACUGCGUACGAGGCCGGUAACAUCCUAGCCACACCUUUCGAGCUCGGUGGUUGUGGUGGAAAUAACGUUCAACAUCAACAGCAGCAGCAGCAGCACGGCGCCGGCGAUGUGUCUCGCGUGGGACUUUUGGGGUACCUGGUCGAGAUCGCCACCAUCUUCCACGACGUGGUGGACAAGACCAGCCGCCUCAGUCCCGACAACCCGGAGAGAUACGCCGCAGAAAUGGAACACUUUUACCACCACACCAAGGCCCGGCUGUGCGCGUGGGAGGAUCAAGUGCGGACCAUGUCUCAGGGAAGUCGCAACGGCGACGAGGUGGUGGACUCGGUCCACGGUCUGCACAUCAUGUACCACUACACGGCCAUCACGCUGCACCGAUACGUGCACCACGCGGCGCUCGAGCCCAAGGCUGUGACGGAGCGCAUCACGGCGUGCCACGACCACGCCGAGGCCAUGCUGAGGACGGUGCAGCGGCUCAGCAACCACGAGGAGCGCGACCCCUAUUUCCGAUUCGCCACGACCAGCCCGUUCAACGGCUUCGCCAUCACCGCCGCCCUGGACGUCAUCACGGCGGCAGGCACGCUUUCGGACCUGAUGGACUCCCAGAGCAGGACCAUGUCGCUCGUGUCCAGCGGGCUGGAGGCGCUGGAGAGCCUGGUCGGGUUCUGGCACAGUGCCCAUCGACAGCGGGAAAUGGUCAAGAAGCGGCUGGGGACGUUGAUGUCGGCCAUGAAAAUGGCCUCGCACAUGGCCGGGGCGUACUACUUUGGCGAGUCCAUGGAGAGCCCCUUUAGGCCGGAACAGGAUGUGGUGUACGGGGUCGGACGUGAGCGGUACUUCCAGGCUUGGGGAUGGUCGGGUAGAUUUAACGAGAGUGAUUUCCAUCGGCUGGAUUGAAUUCCUGGGGAGACAGCGCUCAACAGUGCGCACUUUGAGAGAGACAGAGAGAGACAGACCCCAAAAUUUUCCUCGGUAAGCAGAAAAACGACGACACACACACUCUCCGGGAAGGAUGACGAGAAAGAAAAUUUUCAUAUGAUGAUGAAUUAAUUCAACGGCCGUGGGAGGAUGAUGACGAAGUGAGUUUCUGUUUGGUUUUUGUGUUAUUGCAUGAGGAGGCGAGGGCAUGUUCAGUUGGAACUUGAGAACAAAGGAAAAACGGUACAGAUGAUACCCCCAGUUUUCUUUUUACCUCAGGUACCAGCACGCAACACAGUACAGCACAGCACGGCACGGCACGGAAUCAUGGCGGCCAAAUGAAUGUUUUCUUUAGCAAGGUCAGGCAUGAUUGAUUUGAUGGGAGGGGAAAGAUGAGAUGUAAGAGCGUUGUUAAAAAAUGCAUCUCGUAUUCGUACAGGGCCUCGUUGAGGUUUUCUUUUUUGACCGUGGUCCAGG